CUUUGACUUUCACUCUCUUUCUUCGUCACAGAUCAUGUUCAGCAACAUGUCUUGUACCAGAGUUGGGAGGAGCAUAUCACAAUCUACCAAUCUACCGUACCUCGAAGACUUGCUACAGCUUCAAGCAGCCACCGAGAAAAAUCAGUUCCCGCUCGAGAACGAGGACGAGAUGGAGGGUCGUUUACGCAACGUACAAUCUCAGAUCACGGAGGCCAAAUUGGACUGGGUUGUCGUUCCCAGCGAAGACGAGCAUCAGUCGGAAGAAGUGGGCGAAUCUGAGAAGCGUCUUCUGUGGAUAUCGGGUUUCUCAGGAUCGGCCGGAACUGCACUCAUUCCUUCGUCACACGAACAGGAUGCACUUCUCUUCGUCGAUUCACGUUAUUGGGUUCAGGCGGAACAGCAAGUCCCCAAACAAGGCUGGAAAGUCGUUCGCGUGGGAGCUACCGGUAACGCUGGGCGUGAUAGCGUCGUCUCUGGAUGGGUAGAUUAUAUGAUUGAAGAAUUUCAAGAUGGUACCAGAGUUGGAAUCGACCCUCGCCUGAUAUCUGUCACUCUCGCUAGAACCAUUCAAGACCGCUUAUCUGAAUUCGCAUCUUCAUCUGGUCUCAUUGCCACCUCUGACAACCUGAUAGACAAAGUUCGAGGCCCCCCUGAACGCUCUUUGGGUCCUAUCAACCCUUACCCUCUAUCCCUCUCUGGAGAGACCACCACUUCGAAGUUGAAACGUAUUCGACAGACACUAUCUAAACGAGCCAGUGGAUCCUCCUCCCGGUCUUAUAAACCUGAAUGGAUCUACCUCCUUCCUACUCUUCCUGCCAUUGCCUGGCUAUUGAACUACAGAUGUCCCUCCGAUGUCCCGUUUUGCCCUGUAGCUUACGCAUACCUGCUCUUGACCAAGACACGUUGUGUGAUCUUUGUUGACGGGCGCAAAGUCGGUGAUGAGCUGCGAGAUAAAUUGGAGAUUGACAAGGUGGAACUUAGACCUUAUGGAGUUGAGGAAGUGGGGAAGGUACUGCAAGAAGAGUUGUCAAAGCUCAAAGCUGCAGACGAGAAGAGUCAUAUCAAAGUUUGGGCCCCUAGAGAGUGUAGUUGGGCAUUAGCUAGUACGACUCAGUCGACGCAGGUGAAUAUCAUACCUUGUCCUGUAGAUGUGGCCAAGGCUAUCAAGAACUCUAUGGAGCAACAAGGAAUGAGGAAUGCUCAUCUCCGAGAUGGUCGGGCUACUGUACGAUGGAUGAGCUGGCUCGAAGGGAAGAUCGUGAAAGACGGUAGACCGGUUGGUGAAUGGGCAGCGGGACAGGCCUUGAAUCGGUUUCGAGCACAAGAGGAAUAUUCUGCUGGCCUUGCUUUCGAUAACGUCUCAGCUUCUGGACCCAAUGCAGCUUCUCCCCAUUAUAUUCCCCAAAGAGGAACAGAUCGUAUCAUAGAUCCAGACACAACUUAUGUCAUUGAUUCCGGGGGCCAAUAUCUAGAUGGUACGAUAGAUACCACCAGAACUCUUUACCUAGGCAAAUCGCCUUCGGACGAGAUUAAACGUGCCUACACUAGAGUCCUUCAAGGACAUUUAUCAGUCUCCACACAUAAUAUUCCCAAGAAUAUGCCAUCGGAUCAUCUCAAUAUGCUCGCGCGGGGACCUCUAUACCGCGACGGUCUCAACUUUGGUCAUGGGAUAGGUCAUGGAGUUGGCACUUAUCUCGCCGUACACGAAUAUCCUGUUUCUUUUCCACAUGCUUUCUCAUACGAACCUGGUCAUAUAACUACUAUCGAACCUGGGUAUUAUAAAGAAGGAGAAUUUGGUAUUCGUAUCGAGAGUACUUUAUUAUGUAAAACUGUCGAUACAUUAUCUGGAGCUAAAGAUCAAUGGUUAAAUUGGGAACGUCUAACUCAAGUCCCAAUACAAACAAAAAUGGUAGAUUGGAAAUUGAUGACUAAAGAAAUGAUCAAAUGUCUAAACGAACAUAAUUCUUCAGUGGAAGCUGCUUUGUUACCUUUGUUACAGGAUGAUAGGGAUAAAGAAACCAGAGAUUGGUUGAAAGUUAAUUGUAAACCGAAAAAGAUUUGGCCUUGGACAUGAUGGGUAUAGUCUAUUUUGCACUUCCUACCCUGUAUGUCACCCAGACGUCGGAAUUGGUAAGGGAGGAAUGUGAUACAGUGGAAGGUAUUUGUUGUACAAGUUAUCAUAUUGAUACGAUAUGAAAAAUGUAUCAUUCCA